AUGGCUAGGGUUUUUCCUCAAGCUGCCAUCUCUUCACCGUACAUGAGUACGGAGAGAGAGAUUUUCACGGUUUGGAUGAAAUCUCUGGUUUACAAAACCAACGGUUUAACGGUUUACAAUUCCAACGGAGAUAUUACGUACCGGGUCGAAAACUACGACAAAUCUAGCAAUGAAGUCCACAUCAUGGAUCUCCAUGGCAACAUUCUUUUCACCAUCCGCAAAAAGAAACUAUGGCUUUUUGGGUGUUGGAAUGUGUAUAGAGAAUGUGGGACUUUAUCAAGCACUGAGGAAGUGAAACCUUUCGUUAAAAUCAAAAGGUCUUCAAUUAGAGAUGGAGAUUGGGAAGUUCGAGAUGAGACCAAUGAAGUCUUUUGGACUUUAAGAUUUGACCCCAAAUUUGCUUUUCAGAUUAUAGACAUCCACGGAGACAUCAUUGCACAGGUAAAGCCAAAGCAAUCAUCAAAUGGGAUUACACUGGGAGAAGAUGUGUUAACUUUGGAAGUGAAACCACGUGUCGAUCACUCACUCGUUGUCACACUUGUCACUGUAUAUGGAUUGAUUAAAGGAGUAGUCUAA